AUGAUCCCAGCUCCUUCUCCAGUCGUUCAAGCAAGUAUUCAAACCCAAACUCUGAAGAAGCAACUUCAACCGCAGCAUAUUGAAAAGAAGAGACAGCCGAGUCAGCCAAAUGUCGAAAAACAUGGAAAGCCCACCCCCGCCAAGUCUACCAAGCCUCCAGUCGACUAUCAGGUUCUGCUGUUGUCCCUGGCCGAUGAAUAUCUAAAUGCUGCUCAUGCGCAUGGAACAACGACCUCAUUGACCGCUCGUGAGACGGAUGUCGAGGAAUAUUACAAGCUGGUUGCUACCGGAUUGGGCUGUUUGGAGGCUGUCUUGAAGAACUGGCGAUUGCAACCUCGCAAAGAAGCCCUUGUUAGACUUCGCUAUGCGCGUACAUUGUUCGAGGAAACAGACAAUGACAUCGAAGCGGAAACAGCAUUGAGUAAAGGGAUCGAUCUUUGUGAACGAAACCGUAUGCUUGACUUGAAAUACAGCAUGCAACACCUCUUGGCACGGAUGCUCCACAAAAGCAACCCUAAAGCAUCCUUGAAGGCAGUCGAUGGGAUGAUUCAGGAUGUGGAAGCGUACCGCCAUGCCGCAUGGGAGUAUGCAUUUCGUUUCCUUCGAGUAUCACUGUCAUUGUCAUCUCCGUCACACCAAGACUCUGUGCAAGCGUUACAGCAUCUUCACAAAAUUACGGCUAUGGCUAGUCGUAACGGGGACAAGGCUGUUUCAGCAAUGGCCGCUGUCAUCGAAUCACUUGCACACUUGCAGCAAGCGACAAAUGCCGAUUCUAUCGAGCAGGCACAGCGCGCUGUGGCUGCCGCGCGAAGUCAUCAACUGAACGAUGAACUUCGCCAUAUACCCCAACUCACAACCUUGAUUCAAAUGGUUGAUAUCUGUUGCAGUCUUCUAGAGUACGACGUCAACCAGUCUGGGCAGAAGCUGAAGGUCAUGCAGGCUUUGAUGGACGAAACAUUGAGCGACAGCAACUGGCGUCCCGAUGGAUCCUUUUCAGUCCCUCUCAACGGCAAAUCUGCUGGGCCGUCAUCCAUCGACACCGGUGACAUCUUGCAGGUUCAUAAUGGGACUUUGCUACUAAGUUUCAACUGGCUUCCUCAGCACGAUCUUUAUGCGCUUUGCUAUUUCUUAAGCUCAAUCACGCUCAGUGCCAAGAACUCAUAUGACGGCCGGAAAGCAGAGAAAUAUCUUGAGGAAGGACUUCGAAUGGUUCAAGGCAAUUUCAGGGCCCCCCAAGAAAUUUCAGAAUCCAUGGUCAAUGCCAACCGUCGGGUUCAGUGGCGUCAGUCCCUUUACUGCAACCUUCUCCUCCAACGAGUCUUCCUAGCCUGCGCUCGAACCGAUUGGGAUCUUGCCAGCCAGACCCUCAACGACCUUCGACAAGUCUUCGAAGAGCUUGGUUCCAACCUCCCGGAUACCAUCGAAUGUCUGAUGGAGUAUGCCGCCGGUACCAUCGUACAAGCCACUGGCGAUCUCGAGGCCGCGCUGAAUAUAUUCCAAUCACCAAUUCUGUCACUAGACCCCGCUACCAGCAAGACAGGACGUAAUGACCCCUGUCGUGAUACGCGCAUCCUCGCCGGUCUCAACACAGUUCUCAUUCUCCGUGAUCCAAAUCACCCGUCGCACUCACUGCUCAGCGCUGUUCUAGCAACCCUCGAACCAUUCUGCCAAAACAGUCCAAACAAGUACAUACAAGCUGCCUACCACCUAGUCUGCGCAACCGUUCAUUCCGAGUCAACCAUCCAAACAAAACAGUACCUCCAGCAAGCCCUGCAGUCUGCCACCGCAAUCAGCAACAGCCAAAUCACCUGCAUGACCCUAACAUUCAUGAGCUGGAAGUACUUCCGCGGCGUGGUCGGCGAGCAAGCCGAGAAAAGCGCUCGCGCCGGCCGUGCAAUGGCUAAACGAGCUAAUGACCGUAUGUGGGCGAGUGUCACUGAUGACAUGCUGGCUGAAACCCUCGAGCGACAGGGCAAGGGCGAGGAAGCGCAGAGCGUCCGCGAGGAAGGUCAACGCUUGGUCUCGGGUCUUCCGCCCCGUCUGAGACGUUCAGCCUGA